AUGUCGCCUCAAAUAGCAUGGAUCGGGCUGGGGAAUAUGGGUUUGGGAAUGUGUACAAACCUUGUUAAAAAAGGCAACCUCAGCAGUCCCCUCAUUGUCUACAACCGCACAGUGUCCAAGGCUACCGCAUUCGCCGAAACCCUAGGUGGGCCCUCCAAAGCGACCGCCGCGUCUUCCAUCACCGAGGCUGUGACCGCCGCCGACAUAAUCUUCAUUUGCGUUGGCGACGACCCAGCCGUAGAGGGCAUCGUUUCCUCUGCUCUGACGGGUGAUGUAAAGGGUAAGCUUUUCGUCGACUGCUCGACCGUCCACCCCGACACAACGCGCAAAAUCGAUGCGCAGAUCCGUGCUCAGGGUGCGAGCUUUGUAGCUAGCCCUGUCUUUGGCGCCCCAGCUAUGGCCGACGCUGGACAGCUAAUCUGCGUGCUCUCCGGACCCAAGUCCGAGAUCGCCAAGAUCCUGCCCUACACAGUCGGCGUAAUCUCGCGUGCGAAUAUGGACUUGACAUCAGAAAACGAAGCAGAGAACGACAUCGGGAGAGCCGGGGUAAUGAAGUUACUUGGAAAUAGCUUCGUCAUCAGUUUCGUUGAGAAGCUCGGUGAAGGAAUGACGUUUGCAGAGAAGUCAGGGCUUGGAACGGAUCCGUUGAAGCAAUGGAUGGAAUUGAUGUUCCCUGGUCCGCUUGUCAAAUAUAUCGAGCGCAUGCAGACGGGGGAUUAUUGGAAGCGCGAAUAUCCGCUUUUCCAGGUCGAUUUGGUGCGGAAGGAUGCUAGACAUAUUAUGAAUAUUGCAAAGGAUAGUGGAAUGCGGAUGAGGUCGGUUGAAGUUGCGGAUAAGUAUCUCGUGGAUGUGAAAGAGCAUAUGGGUGAAAGGGGGGAUAUUGCAGGAAUGUAUGGCGCUAUUAGGAAGGAGAGUGGAUUGAAUUAUGAGAAUUAG